CAAUGAAGCCUAAUAAAUAACUUUAAUAAAUGUUGGACACCAAAAUUUGUGAAUCCCAUUUACUACUCUACUACAACUCCCUCCUUGAGCCCCAAAAACCAAAGUCUCCCUCUCUCUCAAAUUCUCUCUCUACAAACUUCAUUUCAUUACCCUCACACUUUCUUCCAGCAACUACCAACUUCCAUUACCCCAAAGAAAAAAUAACAGCUUAAUUGUUAUCAAACAAAUUUCAUCAAACCCAUCAUCACAAAGAAAAUGUCUAACAAAUCUCCAAUUUUUCCCAUAUCAGACCCUCAACAUUUCAGUGACUAUGGUUUUGACCCUCAAAUCAAUUAUUUUCAGGUUUUGGAAGAAGCAAUGAAACACAAGCGAGAAGCUUCAAGAUCCAUAGACUCCAUACACUUCAAGCUUCAAAAACCCAUUUCAAAGGAAGAUUCAAGGAACAAACUUCACACUCACAACAAAUCAAAGAAGAAAAAGUGGUGGAAAAACGCUCUUUUCUUCUUCAAAUGGAAGUGGGCCCACCACAAUAACGGUGAUAACAAUGAUAUUCAUCAAGCCCGGGCCAAAGCCUUUCGGGCCACAAUUUCUGGGCCCGUUUACUUGACAGAGAGUAGAAGUGGGUCUAACACGCCUUUCAGAACUGCCAGCAGGCCUUCCUCCGGCCCACUCGCCGGAACAUUGACGCCGCCGGCAUUGGGUGCGGUGGAUAUACCUUACUUGAGUUUAAGAGAACUUACCAUGGAACAAAAACAGCAACAAAGGAUGUCUACCUCGGCUAUGCCUAUUUACUUUGUCACAUGAAUUGUUCAAUCUUCAAUUUCAUGUCUCAAAAGAAAAGUGAAAUGGGUAUGGUUAUUUUUUUUUUUUAGAUUUUAUUUAGUUUGGUUAUUAAAUAUUAGUAUUAGUAUAUUUUUUAACCUAACUAAAAGGUGUUUGUUUGGUUUGGUUUGAUUUGAUCCAUUGGGGGGUAAAUGUUAUUCUCCUUUUGGUUUUUGUUGGCCACUUUUUAUGAAAAAUUAUGCAUCUUAGCUCUCGUGUGCUUGCUUUUGACCACUUUUCAUGUUGUGAUUUGGUAGUUUAUCUUAAUAUUAUUAUAUUACUACUU